CCAAUCAAACCCCAACUCCCGCUUCCUUCCUCUCUUGCCGUCGGCUGCCUUCCACGCGCGCCCGCCAACCAACGCCCGAUGCCGCCCCUCGCUCGCCCGACGACGCCACCGCCCUCGCGCACACGGAUGAACUCGCCGCCGCGCCUGCCGCCCCCUGCCCUCUGUACCCCUCGCGCUGCGGCGUCGCCGCCGCAGGAAUCCUCUUGCCCUGUCAGCUCCUUGCACCAGACACCUUCCGCGCCGCCGUCGGACUCUUCCCGCCCCGCGCCGCUGCGAACGCCUCGCGCUUGCAGCGCUGCCGCCACGGGAGCCGCUCCCACCACCACGGCGAGGAUAGUGGCAAGGCGUCUGAGAAGAACUUCCGGCUCGGCGUCGCCUCUGACAUCGUCCUCAGUCCUCACCGUAUUCACCAUCCACGGCUUCAACACCUACUGGCUCACCUUGGACGACGGUGGGUACCGCGCGCUGCAGACGGCCCCAUUCUGCUACGACGAGGAGGUGUUCCAGGCAUUAGAUUUCGUUGUCAGCGAGGCAAGAAGGCAUAAGAUGCGGUUAAUACUGUCACUGUGCAAUAACUGGGAAGACUAUGGAGGGAAGGUGCAUUAUGUAAGAUUGGGAAAUGAGGCUGCUGGACUAGAUCUUACUUCUGAUGACGACUUCUUCUCUGAUCUGACAAUUAAGAGCUACUACAAGGCCUUUGUUGAGGAAUAUGGAUCCGUCAAGCAAGGUAUGACAUUGGUGUUUGUUUCUGGUACAGACAAAUGGUUAGGAGAUUUAAACUUCUAAUAAAUGGAAAUAUCGUUGUACUAGGAUGUGUUAUUAAAUGCUUGCUGUUGUUUCCCACCCUGAAUGUACUUAUUUUAAAAGUGUGGUCCUACGGGAGUACACUCGUAGUUUGAGCGGAGCGCAAUCCAGGGUAUGCAACUUUUUCUUGAAAAUCCCGCUAUAAACCUUAAUCUUGUAUAUUAGUUGGUUCAGAUUUGAUUAUAUUUAAUACUGUCUAUGUUAGAAUGAGAUUCGACUUCGGUGUUUUA